AUGGAGCAUGCGGCAUUGGAUGGGGUCACAAUUGAGCCUCUACACAACGCGAUCAAUGAUGCCAUUGCCAAACAGCAUGAAAGUGGUGUUACUGAAGUAAACAAAUCAGAAUCGAGAGGGAAGCUGGCACGACUUGGAAGUACGAGUAUCGAAAAGUGCAGUUCCCUCCCCUUGCCUAUGACCGCCCAUUCUGAUAUGUAUUCUGUAAUGCGGACAAUUUCAAACGAGCGCCUUGGGGAUUCUGAAUCUUUCUCUUUCGCUACGAUGACCUCACAUCAGAUUACGCAAUCUUUUUGUCUGGAGCAUAAAACACCACUCCAGGGCUCUCUUCAGCUUGCCUUGCAGCUUGCAGCUCGUCGUUUAUUUGGACACAUCCUGCCAGCAACGGAGACAGUGUCACUAGCUCAUUUUCGGCACGGUCGCGUUGAUGUCAACGCCAUCGUAACCACUCCUAUGAUGGCUUUUCUUGAUGAGGCAACUGUCGAUAGUCAUCCUAGAAGAGUACUCCGGGAUUUAGCAGACAAUGCGACACGUGAAUAUGUUUCGAACCUACGACGUGUCAGUCGUGGUCAGGGUUACGGACGCCAUUUGCUUGCGCUCGAAUGGAUGAUUGCAGACACAGAAGAGCGGCCAUCGUUUUUCGAUGACCCCUCUUACUUGAAAAGUAAACCCGGGCGCAUUUUGACCAGCUGUUUCAAUACCGGAUGGCAGGAGGGUGGUUUUGUCUAUCCACCCGCGAACAGCAUCCUGAUCUACUUCGAGAUUAGCGAAGAGAGGUAA